AUGCUCCGAGAAAGCAAGGGUCGAUUCUUCGUGUUGAAUAAUGAGAUCGGUGGCAUCAGUGUGAGUGAACUACCCGACAAUUAUGCGAGUGGCAGCAGUGGGGACUGUUCUACCGUAUACGAGCUCGGCGGUGGUUGCCUCUGCUGUAAUCUGCGGAACGACUUGAUGGCGAAGCUAGAAGGUCUAGGGAAGAAGGCUCUAGCAGCGCCUAGUGAUGAUCCUGUCAACGGAAUCAUCCUGGAAACGACCGGUUUGGCUACUCCUGGACCAGUUGUUCAAGGCCUCGUGGCACAGCCUCCUGAGGGCAUUGUUCUCCGUAAAGUUGUUACGCUUGUCGAUGCUUCUAACUUCAUUGAGCAGUACAAGCGAGUGACAGACCCUCGGAGCUCCGAGCUCGUCCAACAACUGGUGUUCGCGGACCUUGUGAUCAUUAACAAAUGUGAUUUGGUUGACGACCAGACUGCCGCACAGAUAGAGGAUACGAUCCGGUCUAUCAAUCCAGUGUGCCGGUUAGUACGCACGGUCCACUCUGACAUCUCUAUGGAAGAAGUCCUGCGAUCUCAAGGCGAUACUUAUACGAGUCCCGGCGAUCUCAAUGAUGUGCCUCAGCAUAAGCCCUGGCGUGAUGGUGUUUGUAGCUGUGCUCUGAGCGGACCAUAUCCAGCCUCAAAAGGAGUAGCGAUAGAUAUUGAAAAGUUCCGUGCAUGGCUGCAAGAUUUUGUCGAGAACAACAGGGUGUUUCGGGUCAAGGGCAUGCUGAUUGCUGGCGAUGGAAAGAGGUAUCUACUGCAAGGUGUUGAGAAGUCCUUUCAAUUGGUCGAAACGGAUUGUCCGUCCGAGAUGGCCAGCAAAGUUAACAAGUUGGUUGUGAUUGGCCAGAGGAUUCAGGAACAUAUGGGUGACGAGAUUGACAAGUCCCUUAAUGCCCUCCUCGUUGAUCGCAAGGACAUGGAAACGUCGAAGCCCACCUGGGUGAAGGCUUAUGUCGGGAAAGAUUGGACGGAUGCUGAGCAGUGGUCUCCUUAG